AUGGUCGGGGCCACUGCCGCCUCGGCGUUCUCCACGGAGCCGACUGACUCGGAUCCUCACCGGUACCAAACCGGGUUCGGAAAUCGGUUCUGCUCAGAGGCGGUGCCCGGAACGCUGCCUCCCGGGCAGAAUGCGCCUCAGAAAUGCAGAUUCGAUCUGUAUUCGGAGCAAUUGAACGGUUCAUCGUUCAUCAGCUCGCGUGCGACGCUGCAGCAUGUGUGGAUGUACCGCAUAUGGCCGUCCGUUGCUCACCGACAGGUCGUGCCCUCGCCAGAGCUCAAUCCCCUGCUGCAAGCCUGCUUCUCGCCUCUGAAUGACAAGGUGAAAUACGUGGCGGGACAGCAGGCGUGGGACCCAUUCCAGUUACCAGGGGAAGACGAGCAGGGCAGAAAAGGGCGUGACUUUGUUGAAGGUAUCCGAACAGUGGGUGGACAAGGUGACCCAACAUUGAGGGAGGGGAUCGCCGUACACAUUUACACCGCGUCAACGUCCAUGAGUAACAGGGCGUUUUGUAACAACGAUGGUGACUUUCUUAUCCUCCCACAGAAGGGGAGGCUCAACAUCCAAACCGAGCUAGGCUGGCUUAUGGUUCGGCCCGGAGAGCUAGCGGUGAUCCAAGCCGGGCUUCGCUUCCGGGUCCUCCUGCCCGACGGCCCGAGUCGCGGUUACAUCCAGGAGAUCUUCGGUACACACUACGAGCUCCCGGAGCUCGGUCCCAUUGGCUCAAACGGCAUGGCGCUUCCCCAGGACUUUGAAAGUCCCGUCGCGUCCUUUGACGUGGAUUCGUCCGACUGGGAGAUCGUGUACAAGCUGGCGGGGUCAUUGCACGCCUGCCGGCAGGGUCACACCCCCUUCGAUGUUGUGGCCUGGCGAGGGAACCUGGUGCCGUACAAGUACGCGACGGAGAAGUUCAUCAAUGUGGCCAACGUCAAUCACGAUCAGGCCGAUCCGACGGUGUACUGUGUGCUCACUGCCAAGUCCAAGGUUCCGGGGGUUUCACUGACGGACUUUCUUGUAUUUACGCCCAAGUGGAUCCCCACAUCGAAUACCUUUCGGCCGCCGUACUACCAUCGCAACAUGUCCACAGAGAUGAUGGGGUUGCUGUAUGGCACGUACGGCGGGAGCAGUCACGUCCUCGAGCCGGGAGGUCUGAGCUAUGAGGCGAGCUACAUGCCGCACGGUGAGACGUAUGAGACAUGGCAGAAUGCGACGACAAAGGAUUUGAAGCCAGAUAGGAUAUGCGAUGGGACGGUGGCUUUCAUGUUCCACAUCAGUGUGCCGGUCAUGCUGACCCAGUGGGCGAUUGAGGGCGAGGGCUCAAAGGGUUUGCACCUCGCCGAAGACCAGUGGGAUGGAGCCAAGGCUCACUUCCUUGAGCAUCUAGACGAGGUGGAAGAGGUUUUGGCCAAGGCAGGGCUGUCAAACCUGGGAAGGAAAAGCGUCAACGGGAAAGUGAAUGGGUCCGUCAAUGGGAAUGGCGUCCAUGGUAUUGUCAAUGGGUAUAGCAGUUGA